AUGACGUCGACCAACUUUGCGCAAGCGCAGCAGCGCCUGGCAGCUCGACGACAAGCCCGCGAGGCCGAUACUGCUGCCCGGAUCGCGGCGCAGCGCGAAUCAUCACGAGCACGCGCCCAGAUCGAUCGUCUACCCUUUCCCUUCAGCAGGCUUGGUUCGGCAUGGGAUGCUGUCUCGUCGCAAGAUGGCACACGCCCUGCCUUCAGAGUUGGACAGGUUGACGCGGAACUACUGGAUGACGAGUUGCUGGAGCUUCUGCGCGGUCAGGUCGGCGACGCACUCAAAUACUUUGCUGGCGGCCACCUGAAAGACGACUGGUCAGCCGAGAUUCUCUUAGCUUUGCGUGCUGUGCUUUUCAAGCUCACAAUUUGGGACCAUGAUGCGACCUACGGUGCGGCCUUACAAAAUCUCAAAUACACGGAUGCGAGGAGUGACGGCCCCGUCCUGGUUCCACCAUCAAAGUGGCAGAAGUCACUAUACGGGCUGGCCACUGUAUUUGGAAAAUACGGCUGGGACAAGUGGGAGAACUGGUUGCUGGAAAACGAUGAUGGAUACAGCGACCCUAGCCCUCGUCUGCAGCGGCUUUCACGGAUCACGUCGAAGAUCACAACCCUCCAUGCCGGAGCAGCCUUUGUAUCAUUCCUCGUCUUUCUUCUGCAAGGGAGAUAUCGGACACUCUUGGAUAGAGUACUACGGAUGCGCUUGGCUCCGCCAACGAGCCAUGUGAGCCGUGAGGUGUCCUUCGAAUAUCUCAACCGGCAGCUCGUCUGGCAUGCCUUCACCGAGUUUCUGCUCUUUGUCCUCCCACUCAUUGGCAUCAAUCGUUGGAGGAGGUGGAUAUCCCGAACAUGGCGCAAGACGAAGCAACUGAUCACUACGAGCGGAGAUGAAGACAAGUCAGCCAAUGGAGAGUACGGCUUUUUGCCUGAGCGAACUUGUGCCAUCUGCUACCAGGAUCAGAAUGCUUUGGCAACUACUGAAAACGAGAUUAUGGCUGCAGCCGCGUCGAGCGGAGUGAUUGGCUCAUCCCAGACAGAUAUCACCAACCCGUACGAGACUAUCCCGUGUGGUUGCAUUUACUGCUUCGUCUGCCUUGCAACUCGCCUCGAGCGGGAAGAGGGCGAGGGUUGGACAUGUCUUCGGUGCGGUGAGCUUGUCAAGGAGUGCAAGCCCUGGAGCGGUGAUGUUCUGGAGCCCCCUAGGAAGUCACCCACAUCCAAAGUGGUGGCAUUCUCAGAAGACGCCAAGGAACCUGAGAUUGACUCUGAGGGCGGAGAGGAACAAGACGGCGAGGCAAAUACCGACGUCGACUUCGUUGACGUGCCACAAGACAAACAAUAUUCUACCGAUUCUACAGAUACCGAAGACUCGGAGGGUUUCGAAGAAACUAUGGACAACGAAGAAGACGAAGUUGGUGUUUUGUAA